UUCACAAAACCUUCCUCGCGUCCCACUCCCAAUCCCCAUCUCCUCUCGAUCUCCAUGGGCGACGCUUCUGUUGGAGCUCUCGUCCCCUCCGUGGUGAAGAUGGAGCUGCGGACCUCGCCGGCAGGUGCUGGUGCCUUAUCAGCAUCAGAGACUACCGACGCCGCCGCUGGCAUGGCGGCUGAGACAGGCCCGGGCGUCGCCGCGGAUGCUGGGCCUGAGGUCGAGCAGGAUAAGGACCUUCUUUGCCCGAUCUGUAUGGGCAUCAUCAAGGAUGCCUUCUUGACGGCCUGCGGUCAUAGCUUCUGCUACAUGUGCAUCGUCACUCAUCUGCAGAACAAGAGUGAUUGCCCUUGCUGCGCGCACUACCUCACCAAGAACCACCUCUUUCCGAAUUUCCUCCUCAACAAGCUAUUGAAAAAGACAUCUGUUCGUCAAAUUGCUAAAUCUGCAUCACCCAUUGAGCAUCUUCGGAUGUCAUUGCAACAGGGUUGUGAAAUGUCAAUUAAGGACCUGGAUACUCUGUUGUCACUCAUUGCUGAGAAGAAGAGGAAAAUGGAGCAGCAAGAGGCUGAAACAAAUAUGCAGAUUCUUCUGGAUUUCUUGCACUGCCUAAGAAAACAAAAACUUGAAGAAUUGAAUGAGGUUCAAGCUGAUCUUCAAUUCAUCAAAGAAGAUAUAAAUGCUGUAGAGAGACAUAGAAUUGAACUAUGUAGGGCAAGGGAGAGAUACUCGGUGAAAUUACGAAUGCUUCUUGAUGACCCUAUGCCUGCGAAAUUAUGGCCUGUAGUUGACAAACACAACAAUAUCCUUGUCUCUGGGGCUCGCAAUGCACAUGGUGGGACAUGCAGUGGAAAUUUUCAGAGAAAGAAAGCUGACAUGAAGGCGCAUGGAAGCUGUCAAGGACAACAAAGAAAGGAUGCUUUUAGUGGUUCAGAUCCUCAACACACUCUUACACAAUCAGGGCUUGCUAUAGCAAGGAAAAGACGUGUUCAUGCACAGUUCAAUGAAUUACAAGAGUGCUACCUACAAAAGAGGCGUAAUGGAGCAAACAACCCACAAAGGCAAGAUGAAAGAGAUGCAAAUACCAUAACAAGAGAAGGUUAUACUGUUGGUCUUGAGGAUUUUCAGUCUGUAUUGACCACUUUUACUCGAUACAGUCGCUUGCGUGUUAUUGCGGAGCUUAGACAUGGAGAUCUGUUCCAUUCUGCAAAUAUUGUUUCUAGCAUAGAAUUUGAUCGUGAUGAUGAGUUAUUUGCCACUGCUGGAGUUUCCAAGCGGAUCAAAGUUUUCGAAUUUUCCACAGUGGUAAAUGAACCAGCUGAUGUGCACUGCCCUGUUGUAGAAAUGUCCACUAGGUCUAAACUUAGUUGCUUGAGUUGGAAUAAGUACUCAAAAAACAUUAUUGCAAGCAGUGACUAUGAAGGGAUAGUUACUGUGUGGGAUGUAAACACUCGCCAGAGUAUGAUGGAGUAUGAAGAGCAUGAGAAGAGAGCAUGGAGUGUUGAUUUUUCACGUACAGAACCUUCAAUGUUGGUGUCUGGCAGCGAUGACUGCAAGGUCAAAGUAUGGUGCACAAAGCAAGAAGCUAGUGUUCUUAAUAUUGAUAUGAAGGCAAAUAUCUGUUGUGUGAAGUACAAUCCUGGAUCCAGUGUUCAUGUGGCGGUUGGCUCUGCUGAUCAUCACAUUCACUACUUUGAUUUGAGACACACCAGUGCUCCAGUACAUGUUUUCCGAGGACAUAGAAAAGCAGUCUCCUAUGUGAAGUUUUUGUCUAACAAUGAACUUGCAUCUGCAUCAACAGACAGUACAUUGCGCUUGUGGGAUGUGAAGGAGAAUAACCCGGUGAGAGUCUUCAAAGGCCACACAAACGAGAAGAACUUUGUAGGCCUUACAGUGAACAACGAGUAUAUUUCUUGUGGGAGCGAAACAAAUGAAGUAUUUGUGUACCAUAAGGCAAUAUCCAAACCUGCAGCUUGGCAUAGGUUCAGUUCGACAGACAUGGAAGAUGCAGAUGAUGAUGCUGCAUCGUAUUUCAUAAGCGCGGUAUGCUGGAAGAGUGACAGUCCUACACUGCUAACUGCAAACAGUCAGGGGACCAUUAAAGUUCUCGUUCUAGCAGCGUGAUUGCAAACAGGAGUUGAAGGAAGAAGAGGUGUAUUUGCAUGCCUCUGAUGAAUGUUUCCUGAGUUCUUGUGUAUAUGUUACUUGUGUUGAAGUGAUUGCUUAUAUUAUUUUUAUAAAAUGAAUAUAAUUUCUCCAGUUUUUUUA